UGGGUGCAUCAUAGCUCUGUAGUUCUCUACUUGUUUUUUACUCUGGACCUUGAGUUGCUUGUCAUUCCACCAGCAUCUCUGUAGAAGCCAACCUGGCCAUUUUCAGCAAACCAACCUUAGAUAUUGGACUUUUAACACGUGGACAUGUUUAGCCCAGGGCAGCUGGUAUCCACUCUCCUUCCUGCAGUUUUUCAUUCACCUGCAGCUCACUUUUUUCCUACACUCCCAACCAGACUGGGCUCUCCACCUCAGAUCCUGAUCCCGGGACCCUUUAUUAACUAUGAAUCCCUGAGGAAUUAUCUGCAGCCAGACCCAUGCAAGGAAGCGCUGUUCUUGGCCACACAGGCAGCUGGGAUUGGACCACUGACAGAGAGCAUAGAUGAACAGAGGCCAGUGAAGCAGCGGCGUGCACGAGCCAACUACAGCAGCUGGCAGCUGGAGGAGCUGGAAAAAGCAUUUGAGACCUCACACUAUCCAGAUAUCUUCAUGAGGGAAGCCCUGGCCCUCAGACUGGACCUGAUUGAGGCCAGAGUUCAGGUUUGGUUUCAAAACCGUCGAGCUAAGAUGAGGAGGCAGCUGAAACUCCAGGGCCAGGUUGCCCGACCUCACGUGAAAAGAGACAAAGAUGAUGCAUCUGAGAAAGUGAGCAAGAGUAUAAAACAGACAGAAAGUUCUGAUAGUGAGCACUGGGAAAGACAACAGGAAGAAAAAAGCUAUCCAUGGGUAAAUACUCCAACUUCUGCAAUGAGUGUGCGUAAGCAACCUGUGAGCCAGAGGUUGGGGAAGUGGGAGAGGCCGAAGGGGCCGAGCUCAGAGGAGCUCCGCUCCUGCAGUAUCGCAACGCUGAGGGCCAAAGCCAGAGAGCACGAAGCCGAGAUCCACAGCACCAUAAACAUGUCAGAAGGUGACUUACAGUCACAAACACAGGAAACUGAUGGCAUACACAGUGACUGAUCAUUUUCCUUCUUCCUGUUUGUACAGAUAAAAGAACUAAAUGCAGAUGCUGUUAAUAUGCAGUAACUUCAUGGGUGCAAGGAGGUUCAUGGGGGUUUAUUCUGUUUCUAUAUACUCUGUAUGAUUUUCUACAUAAACAUGAAAAACAUCCCAUUUGUAUUUUCAUUUAUCCU